ACAACAAUAGAAAAAUAAAUCCACCUUAAAAAAUGAAAGUUCUAAAGUUACUUUUACUUGUCUUGCUUCCAGUUUCAGCAGUAUCAAGUGCCCCAGUUCUUGAUGCCUUCUUACAAUGCCUCCCUAACCAUAUCCAUCACUCCAUACCAAUCUCUGAAGCCAUCUAUACACCUAAAGACUUAUCUUUUCAGUGCGUACUUCAAGCUUUAGUUAGAAACCGCAGAUUUUUGUCCUCUGCAACACUAAAUCCACUUGCUAUCAUAGCUGCCAAGCAUGAGUCCCAUGUCCAAGCAACUGUAAUUUGUGCAAAGUCUCACGGUCUGCAAAUCAGGAUCCGGAGUGGUGGCCAUGAUUUUGAAGGUCUUUCUUAUCAGUCUAGUGUCCCUUUUGUCAUUCUUGACAUGUUCAAUCUCCGAACUAUCAACAUAGAUAUUGCUAAUGAGACCGCUUGGGUUCAAGCCGGGGCCACUCUGGGUGAACUUUACUAUCACAUAGCCAACGCAAGCAAAACCCAUGCUUUUCCUGGUGGAGUUUGCCCGACUGUGGGUCUCGGAGGUUAUGUUAGCGGAGGAGGUUAUGGGAACAUGAUGAGAAAAUAUGGUCUUUCAGUUGAUAACGUCAUUGAUGCUCGAUUGGUCGAUGUCCGUGGUAAUAUACUAACCAGAGAUUCCAUGGGAGAAGAUUUGUUUUGGGCGAUCAGAGGAGGUGGGGGAGCAAGCUUUGGUGUUAUUCUUUCGUGGAAGAUCAAAUUAGUUCAAAUCCCUGCCAGAGUCACUGUCUUUCAAGUCGACAGGACCCUGGAAGAAGGUGCUACUGAUAUUGUUUACCGGUGGCAACAAGUUGCCAGCAAGCUAGAUAAAGAACUUUUCAUCAGAAUAAACUCCCAGGUUACAAACAGCACUGUCCGACAGGAUGAGAAGACGAUUACAGCCUCUUUCGUCGGCCUAUUCUUAGGACGAAGAGACAAGCUUCUUUCCUUGAUGAAUCUCAGCUUUCCUGAAUUGGGUUUACAGGAAAAAGACUGCAAUGAAGUGAGUUGGGUAGAGUCUACACUGUUCUGGGCACAAUUCCCUAAAGGAACAUCCAUUGAUGUUUUACUGAAUAGGACUUUACAAGCACAAGUAUCUAUCAAAGGCAAAUCAGAUUAUGUAAAGAUGGUAAUUUCUAAGGAAGGAUUGAAGAACAUAUGGAAGAUGUUACUCAAAGUGGAGAAAAUGUGCAUGCAAUGGAAUCCUUAUGGGGGAAGAAUGAGUGAGAUUUCAAACACCGAAACUCCAUUUCCUCACAGAGAAGGUUACCUGUUUAAGAUUCACUACUUCACAUACUGGUAUGAAGAAGGAUCAGAAGCCUCCAACUAUUACAUAAACUUGUCAAGAAAAAUGUACCAAACAACGGCUCCAUAUGUGACUAAAGACCCAAGAGAGGCAUUUCUCAACUACAGGGAUCUUGAUAUUGGGAGUAAUCCCAGCAAUCUUACCAGUUUUGAGGAAGCUGAAGUUUAUGGUAGCAAGUAUUUCAAGGGUAAUUUCUUAAGGCUGACUGGUGUAAAGAAAAGGGUGGAUCCUGAUAAUUUCUUCAAAAAUGAACAAAGUAUUCCUCCCUUGUGACUGAAACCAUCAUAAAAAAGAAAAUGAAGUCACUAGGAUUUGUUGUAUGAAAGUAAAAUUUUGCUAAUUCUAGCAAGAAAGAUGAAUGAUCUACAUACUUAUUUCUUUA